AUGUUCAAUUGUGCUCGUAGAGUUAUCCAGAAUUUCAAUAAUCGAGUAGGGCAAAUGACGAUAACUUCAACGACCAAACCAAAGGCGCAUUACAGGAACCUGGUGGAAACUCAGCUCAGGGUCAACCAAGAAAGGCUGGACGCUUUGACCCAUCCCGGCUCUCGAGUUGCUUUCGAAGUGGACCCUAAAGAACUACCAUUACCAGACCCUAAUCUCAAGGUGUUUUUCUUCGAUAUUGACAACUGUCUGUACAAGAGAUCGACUCGCAUUCACGAUCAGAUGCAGGUGUCUAUCCAUGACUACUUCAAAAACGAGCUCGACCUGAACGACGAUAAUGCACGCAAGUUGCACUACAGCUACUAUCGGGAGUAUGGGCUUGCCAUUCGAGGAUUAGUGAAACACCACGACAUUGAGGCCUUAGAGUACAACAAAAUGGUUGACGAUGCUCUGCCGCUCCACGAUAUUUUGAAGCCCGAUCCAGAGCUGCGGGCGAUGCUACAAAGACUUCGGGACGCCUCCACUGUUGACAAAAUGUGGUUGUUCACAAACGCUUAUAAGAACCACGGCUUGCGUUGCGUGAGGCUGCUCGGGAUAGCGGAUCUUUUCGACGGAAUAACGUACUGUGACUACUCGCAAAAAGACAACUUAAUUUGCAAGCCCGAUCCGGUCGCAUUUGAAAGAGCAAAGGUGCAAAGUGGCCUGGGCGACUAUGCUAAUGCCUGGUUCGUGGACGACAGUGGUAAUAAUAUUAAGACAGGAUUGUCUUUGGGAAUGAAAAAAUGCAUUCAUUUGAUAGAAGAAGAAGUAGAUGAAAUGUUGGGCAAAAAUCCCGAUGGAUCGUUGGUGAUAAAGAGGAUUGAGGAUUUGCCGCAGGUGGUGCCGGAAUUAUUUGUUGGGGCCGGGCCCUAA